AUGUCCAGCCCCCCACCCUCCAACGAGACCCUCUUCACCUCACUCCCCACGCCCCCUUCCACGACCGACGACCCCUACAUACCCUUCCAAAUGCACUACCGCAUCCCACCCCAGCUGCGAGAUUCUUUCUUCGAUACCCUCUCGUGCACCAUCCAAGUCGGGCUGCAGCACGUCGAACACGGACGAUUCUUGGCCUUCGGGAAUCAGUUUGAUACGAUCGCGUUUUUCUGCGUUCCCCAAAGUUGGAUCGGAUUUACAGUGGCACGCGCAAAGAGAUUUCGGGGGUGGGUGCAGUGGAAGUUUCCAGAGCAAGUGGAUGUGAGAGUGGCGUUGAGGAAUUUGAGCAGGAUCGAGGGGGAGUUGCAGAGGGAGGAAUGGGAGCAGGCAGAGGGGGUGGAGAGGUGGUGGUUUGAGGAUGGCGAGAUGCGGGACGAGGAAGAGUGA